CGUGAAGAAGACGACAUCUCGAGACCUUGCUGUUCCAAGUCACUUUGAGCCUCCAGGCCGAUUUGAACACUUCCUCAGCUCAGCUAACCUGUUCUGUCUUCUUAUUUCGUCAGAAAUCCUACAAGGCUUUCAACAUCAUACAUCAUCGUAAUGUAUGCACCAGAGGAGGACUACAACCAAUACUACUAUGGCGCGUCAGAGGGGUUGACAGACCAGUCGGGAUACGACCAGAUCACUGGAUUUCCUCAAGACUACUCUGAAGUUGAAUCGGGUUUUUUUCCCCAGGAUCAACUGCAGCCGGAGCUUUACCAGCAACCUAUGCAAUCGGGGCUUUCCCAGCUGGAUCAAAGCGGGGCACCUAGUACCGAGAAAAAGGACGACAACAUCGUCGGCUUCAUUGUCGGUAGCGUGUGUCUCCUGGUACUAAUAUCGGCUCUUGCGGUCUACCUGGUACUGGCGUCCACCGGGACCAACGGCGACGGCAGCGAUGCUGACAUACGUAGAGGAGGUGGAGGAGGUGGAGGAGGUGCAGGAGGUAGUUCACAAGUGACGGAAGAGGAUGCAGUGAUAACAGACUAUGGGUACAUAAACCCACCGCCAACGACCACAACAACAACUCCUACGACGACUAGCACGACCUCUACUACGACUAGCACAACGACUACUACUACUACUACUACGACUACAACUACGACAACUACGACGACAACGACCACAACGACUACAACGACAACGACCACAACGACUACAACGACAACGACCACAACGACUACGACUACAACGACGACUACGACUACAACUACUACGACAACGCCGCCGUUGGUGUCGACAGCACCACCUAGAUAUGACUUCAUCUUCCAACCGCUUGUUUGCACCGUCGGUCGCCGUGCCUUGCAGGAGAACAUGUACCCACCGUCCGGCAUCUGUGACGUCAUCAUCUUCACCCAUGUCUAUAUGGAAAACGGUACAUUAUUCACCGAUACUCCCGGCCCCUUCCAGACCUUCACAAAAGUCUCGGUCAGCCGCCCCACCGACAUGUUCGGCCUUUCGUUUGACACGAGGUAUGCAGCGGCAGUCCAACUCUUUACUCGCAAUCCACACAGAGCUCCACAUACACGCAACAAACCUUGGCAAAGGUUGUCUCCUCCGGAAACUCCAUAUACAGCUUUGAAACGGCAGACACCCUACUGGACAAGAUUGUGUGCACAGAAAUGGCGUACGGCCACCGAAAUGUGGGUUUCGUCUUCUACGACAGCGAGUUCGCAGCUGGCGACGCCAGUUGCGAUGGACAUCCGGGGGCGUUCGCCCGUAUGCGGUUAGUCAGGAAACGCUUUGACGAUCUCAUGCAAGGCGUUGCACCUCCCGCGUUCGAUUACACAAAAUGCAUAUUGUGAGCUGGAAAAUAAAGUGUUUACGACGAA